CCGGAAGUGGUCCCAGAGCCGGCGAGAGGACACGGGCUGACAGCCCGGCGGGCGGCUGGAGCGGCGGCGCUGCUGAGUGGGUUCCCUCGGCCAUGGAGGACGAGCUGAGCUUCUCGGACAUUUACGGCGGCCGCCUGGCCCUGCAGCGCCGCUACUACUCCCCAUCCUGUCGGGAGUUCUGCCUCAGCUGCCCUCGGCUCUCCUUGCGCUCGCUCACCUCUGUCACCUGCACCGUGUGGCUUGCGGCCUACGGACUCUUCACCCUUUGCGAGAACAGCAUGAUCCUCUCUGCUGCCAUCUUCAUCACCCUCUUAGGCCUGCUUGGUUACCUGCAUUUUGUGAAGAUUGAUCAGGAGACUCUGUUAAUCAUCGAUUCCCUUGGCAUCCAGCUGACUUCAUCCUAUGCCUCUGGCAAAGAAAGCACCACCUUCAUUGAAAUGGGCAAGGUGAAGGAUGUUAUCAUUAAUGAGGCAAUUUAUAUGCAGAAGGUGAUUUACUACCUCUGCAUUUUAUUGAACGAUCCGGCAGACCCACAUGGGAUAUCACAAGUAGUACCUGUCUUCCAGAGUGCCAAGCCCCGGCUGGACUGCUUGAUUGAAGUGUACAGGAGCUGCCAGGAGAUCCUGGCACACCAGAAAGCCGCACCCACAAGCCCAUGAGUCCCAGCAUUCAGAAGGCCAGGACUGUCUUCCACGGGAAAUGACUGCUCAGCCCUAGGGGCCGGUGCAUUUUCUGUAUCCUAACCGUCAUGUGGACACAGUCCUAGGAACCAGGACGCACACGGUGGAUCUCAGAGCGGGUGACUGGAAACCCAGCUCGCUGUGCAGUGUUGAGCAGAACAUUUGUGUAUUCAGUGCUCCCCUUGUAAGGUAUUGCCUGCUUCCCCAACCGAGGGGAGACCCUAAAAAAUGGUUUGUCAAAGAUAAUGUCGACAAAAAAAAAAGCACUUUGUGAAAUUCCUAAGCACAUUCAAGUUUACUUUUUGUUGAAACUUGUGGAGCAAGACAAUGGGAAAAUGGUAUCAGAUCUACUGAGGAAGACCAUUUCCAACUGUAUAGUCAAGUCAAGUCCUUCAGGUACUGGGUGAGCAGGAAGAAAUGUCCUACCAAAGACAAGUCUCAGUCCACCUAGUUCCUGUGUCUGUGCAGGGCCAGUUUAUUAUGACUCUCUUAAUAAACAGAUCUCCUUCGCAAACACACACAAUCACCUGGUUCACAGAUGGCUGCGUUUUAUUGAUAAACACGGACAUGGCAUUCCAGUCAUGGCGUCAAGCACACGGAAGCUCUUCGUUACUCAGCAUUGUGUAUGGUUUCAAAAGCUCCUUUUGCCAAGAGAGAUGAGACAAAAAGGCCAGACAGAAAUUCAACUUUGGUUUCCAGGCAUGUUAAAGAAGGACAAACAUGCAAACUACAGAAGCCUUUGCUUAUAAGGCAGUUUCUUCUGAGGGAGAAUUCAUAAACUACGGGAGAGUUCCUGGAGGGUUGGGCAGGAGAUAAGAGUGGGGGAAGUAGCUUGACCUCCAAAUUCAGUAUGAACACAGCUCCAUUCUUGCUUAUUUUUUCUUCACGAUCCCAAUAUUU